UGCCCUUGAUGUUGUGGUGUGCGCAUCAUAGCUUCACAUUCGAUAUUAAUCAGUUGGUACUUACAAGUAAGUAUUUACAUCAGUUUGUGUUUUAGUGACAACAGGAUUAACAAACUGAAUCGUUUGACAAAUCAGAACCAUGAGCAAAUUAAAAGAAAUCACCGGUUACAAUAUGCAGAAGAAACAAGUCAUGAGGUUCGUCAAUAUUGACCAGUUAAAUCUGCCACCGAUGGAUCAGUUAUAUGAGCUAUGUUUCGUCGAUCACAAUGGCAAACCUUAUGUCUUCAGGAGAUUAAAACCCGAAGUUGCAGAUGAUAACUUGGACAAACUCAACUGCGAAAGUUUAUCUAUAGAUUUAAAUGACAUCAAAGAAAUUUUUAUCAAAUUAACAGAUGACCAACGAAAUAUUGUGAUGCACGUGUAUUACAUGUACAGAAAUAACAAGAAAUUUACCUAUGAGAAUGAUUCUGGGGAGGUUUGUGAAGAAAACCCAAAAAUUAUAUUGCAGGGACCGGCGGGCACCGGUAAAAGUACUAUCAUAAAUUUUAUUGAGAAAUUGAUAACGUGGGAAGAGAACAAAACAUCUGAUGCACCAAAUAAUUUAAAAGUAAUAAAAUGUGCGUUCACUGGGAAAGCUGCUUCUAAUAUUGAAGGUUUCACUUUAAAUUAUACUUUUUCAAUUCCUAUUUAUAAAACAACAAGACUUUCUAAAAAACGAAUAGAAUCUAAAAAAGAAUUAUUUAAAGACUGCAUAUUUUUUAUUUGCGAUGAAAUUUCAAUGGUUGGUGAGAGAACUAUGAGUGCAGUUAACUUGCGUUUGCAACAAAUAUUUGAUAACGAUAAAUUGUAUGGAGACAGGUUUGUCUUAUUAGUUGGUGAUUUAUACCAAAUUGAUCCAGUUAGACAACGUCCAGUUUACCCUCAAUCUAAAUUAUGGACAUGUUGUGAGUUUUAUGAAUUAACAAAGAUCAUAAGACAGCAAGAUGAAAAGUUCAUUACAGCAUUAAACAAUUUUAGAGAUUCUAAAAUGACUGAAGAAGAUAUCAAUUUGUUGAGAUCUAGAGAAAUUGAAGAUUACGAUCAAGUACCAGAAUCAGUUAUUCACAUUUUUUAUCAGAAUAAAUAUGUUGAUGAGUAUAACAAUUUGAAAUUAAAUAAGUCCACUGAAAAAGAAGAAAUCGUUAACGCGGUUGAAGAUUCUGAAAACUGGAAUCCAUCUCAUUUACGUGUAAAAAUUGGUAUACGUUAUAUGAUAACAAAUAAUAUCGACGUAGGUGAUGGCUUAGCAAAUGGUACAACUGGAAUAGUCAAAGAUUUUGAUUAUGAUAAAGACGGUGUAUCUGCAAUUUGGAUGGAAUUCCAUUCCAGCCAGAUUGGUAAAAAACUAAGGUCCGACUAUUUGAAGAUGCAUAAUAAGUCAGGUUUUGAUAACUGGGUUCCCAUACCGCGAUCAAAGAUAGUCGUUAAAUUGAUAUCAGAUCCAAAAGUUAGCAAGACUGUCGGUAACAUGUUUCCUUUGAAAGCAGCAGAGGCUAUAACUGUUCACAAAAGUCAAGGUCAGACUUAUCAUGAGGGUGUCUGUAUACACAUUCAAGAAGAUGCGUAUGAUAAAUUACGCACUGAUAAGAGUUUGCAAUAUGUUGCACUAACACGUGUUAAGCGUCUUGAAGAUUUAUACAUUAUGGGGAAGUUAAAUUUUUCUUUAAUGAACAGUGCUAAAUUUAAUCGCACCGAACAAGAAAUAAACAGACUGCGGAAUGAAAAGAAACUUAAAUUAGCUUAUGAAACCUUUGAGGAUAAUAAUGGGGAUGUUAUAAUUUAUUUAAAUACGGGAUUAACAUUUAACGAACAUUACCAAUUCGUUACUACUGACAAAUGGUACGACAAUGCUUCGCUACUAAUAUUUUCAGAAACAAACACUAUAGGAUCGGAUAUAAUUGAAAUACCAAAUUUUGAGAUAGCUUUUCGUUCAGAUAAUGAUACCGCUUUGAGGUCAGGUGGGGGAAUAAUUUGCUAUAAAAAGGACAAUAAAUUGAUAGAUGUUAUUAGUUCCAUGUUAGAUGAUGAAAACAAAAUGUAUUUGACAUUAUUUUUAUACGAGAAUUCUAUAUACAUUGUAACAGGUGUAAAAGGAGACUUGAGUGACGAUGAUUUUAUUGAAGCAGUCAAAAAUUUUAUACUUAAGUAUGUACGAAAUGAAAAAUGUAUAUUUCUCGUUGGAAAUAUUAUUAUGUCACCUUCUUUAAUCAACUUUUUUAAUCAAUUUAAUAUAAAUACGGAAUUAUCGUGCAGCAUUUCAAAUGAAGAACCAAAUGAUGUAGUGCUUUCCCGAAAUAUUAAAAUUAACGGGGAUCAAAUGGGAUUCUAUCAGUACAUACCCGCACCCCAUCAGCCAAUUUUCGUCAAGUUACCUCCUAAGUGCGAAUUGUCAGAGAGUCAUGGUAACUCUCAAUCUUAUUACAGCCAGUCUCAAACCUCGACUGAUGAAUCUCGAUCUGUGAUCAGUGAGUCUCAAGACUCUCAAGGCACGUAUAGUGAGAAUCAAUCGGAAAAUAGUCAGACUAGUAGCUCACAGCCUUGGUCCCAACCCAUGGAAAUGGAUAAUUUUUAAAAUUCUUAUAAAUUG